AUGACGGAAGCCGAGGAGCGGUGGCGCGACAAGGUGGCCAAGGCACGGAUCGAGAACGACCGACUUCUGCAGGAUCUCGAGCGUUCCAGCUUCGUGAGCUCUGACCGAGAGGGUGGGCUCAUAGCCUCGCUGCUGGAUGCUCGAAAUCUCCGCGAGACCAUCGCCAUCUUCAAGCGGCGGAGGGCCUUGAUGCUGGUCAACGUGGAGAAAGAGCUUCACAAGAGACAAGAUGCGGAUCAGAUGCUUAUCCUCAUGAACGAGUGGAAGAAAUACGUCAUCAAGGCGGACUACGAAAGGCAGCUCGAAGCUGCCGAAGCCCGGCGUCGCCGAGAGGUGGAAGCUCUCGAGGAGGAACUUCGCAAAGAGCGCGAUCACUCAGCAGCUCUCCAGGCCAACGUGAACCAAAAGACGGCGAAGCUAAUACAGGCGGCCCAUCUUCGAUUAGAGAGCGCCAUGAGCUCAAAAGUCUUCCCUUUUGCUCACGGUCACGCUCUUCGAGCUUGGUCUGCCAUCCAUCCGGCCGUGGUCCUCGAAAACGAGCUCGGGCGGACACGGCAGAAGCUGCAGGAGACGACGGAAGCUCUCACUGCAGCCACUGAGCGCAAUGAAUUCCUGGAGCCGCAGUUGGUGGAGGUCACAACCGAGCGUGACGAGCUCCGAAGCAGGUGCGAGGAACUCGCGGCUCAGUACGAGUACAUCAAGAUUGAAGCCGGCCUAGAUGAAGACUCCAUUGCCAAGAAGAAAGCGGCCGCCAAAGCUUACGAGGAAGAGUGGCAGAGGAGGCUCAAGGAGGUGCAAGACCAGGUUGUCGAACUGCAGGACAAAUACGACAACGACACGGAAGAGCUCGCCAAGCAGCUCAAGGCUACUCAGUCGAAGCUGGCCAUCGUCCAGCACACCCUCGAUUCCAUGAACUUCCAGCCUGGCAGCAC